AAUUUCCCUUAUUUUUUUAUGAUUUUCAUUUUGUCAAAAUAUUUUCAAACUGGAUCCAUGAGAAGAAGACCGUUUCUCGAUCUGUGUGCAGCCCGGCCUUUCAGCUCACUAGUUUACUUCCACAUUACACUUUUUAACUCGCUUCCCUCUUUACUCCUCUCUCUCGAUCUCUCUCGAGCCACUAACUCCAAGUUUCAGACGCCACAGAGACUCUGACGUUUCUGUAUAUGAUCAAGCUUAACUCUACCAGAGAAAAAGACUUCUUAAGCUUACAAUAAUGGUUGCUGGGAAGGUAAGGUUGGCCAUGGGCUUGCAGAAGUCUCCUGGGAAUCCCAAAACCGAAACGCCGCCAAAGCCGCCGCUUCCUUCUCCCAGCUCCGCGAAAGUUGCGCCUCAGAAGGUUUUCUCACGCUCCUUCGGUGUUUACUUCCCACGUUCCUCUGCCCAGGUCCAGCCCCGUCCUCCUGACGUUGCUGAGCUUUUACGCCUCGUCGAAGAGCUCCGCGACCGAGAAUCUAGACUGAAAACCGAGCUUCUCGAGUUCAAGUUGUUGAAAGAGAGCGUAGCUAUAGUUCCUGCACUGGAGAAUGAGAUUUCAACCAAAAAUGCUGAGCUCGAAAAAGCAUUGAAAAAUAUUGAGUGCUUGGAGAGUGAAAAUGAGAGGCUUAGAACAGAGUUGAGUGAAGCGAAGGUUGUGUUUGAAGAAGAGAAACGAGAAAGCGAGAAUAAGGUUAAGGCCUUGGAGGCUGAGAUUGUGGAGCUGAAGAAAGCGUUGUUUGAUAAAGAAAGUGAAGAGCUUUCUUCUUCGCAGAGGUUUCAAGGGUUACUGGAUUUGUCGACGAAGUCGAAUAUGAUCAGGAAUUUGAAAAAAGGAGUUAAAUGUACGGACAUUGUCAGUGCAAAUCAUGAGACUCAAAUUCAAAAGUCUGAAACUUCAGAUUUCAAGAGAGAAGAAGCCGAAAUUGAGAGACCCAGGCACUCUAGGUGCAACUCUCAGGAACUCGUCGAUUCCACUCUAUCUAACCUGAGAUCUCGCGUUCCUAGGGUUCCAAAACCCCCACCGAAACGAUCUUCGUCAUCAUACUCCGUAUCUUCAUCAACAUCACCUAGCGUCUCUGAUCAAUCUGUUUCAGCGCCACCUCCACCUCCACCUCCACCUCCACCUCCACCUCCUCCCCAUCCUCCGGCGGCUAUCAAACAAGCUGCACCGCCUCCACCUCCGCGAGGAAUUCUAUUCAAACCUGACAGGAUUAGCUGGGGAAGGUACCCAAUGGUUUUGGGGAAGUCUCCUGGGAACUUCAAACCCAGCAGCCAACUCCUGCGCCACCCCGCUCUCGAAGCCCCGCCAAAGCACCUUCUUUCUUCUCUUUCCUCAGCUCCUCCUCUCUUCGUUUCUCACUCUUCCUUGUUUACUUCCACCCCACGUUCCUCUGCGUUGCUCCAGCCCCUCCUGACGUUUGUUGAAGCUUUUUACUCAGUCGAAAGGCUCCGCGACCGAGAAUCUAGACUGAAAGGUUGGCUUCUCAGAAAGGAGUUGUUAUUGAAAGAGAGCAUCGAACUCAGUCUAUCUAUCCUACUGUCUUCUGUGGGUUCUCGGCCCCCACCCCCACCGAAACGAUCUUCGUCAUCAUACUCCCAUCAUUCUCCAUACACAAGCGUCUCUCAUCAAUCUGUUUCCAUCCUGCCACCACCACCUCCACCUCCACCUCCACUCCUCUCCCAUCCCUCCGCGCUGCUCAAACAAGCUGCACCGCCUCCACCUCCGCCACCACCAAAGGGGACUAGAAUGGGGCCCGCUAAACACUUUGAUGCCCCAGAUGCCAGAGCAGAUGGUGUGGAGGCUGCAUUUGGUUACUGUGAUCUCAAGAAGUUAGAAUCAGAGGCUUCAUCGUUUCGUGAUGAUGCUCGUCAUUCAUGUGGUUCUGCUCUUAAGAAAAUGCAGGCUUUGCUUGAAAAAUUAGAGCAUGGUGCUUACAAUCUAUCAAGAAUGAGAGAAUCUGCAACAAACAGAUACAAGGGGUUUCAAAUUCCAAUGAGUUGGAUGCUUGAGACUGGAAUUGUAAGCCAGAUCAAGCUGGCUUCUGUAAAACUAGCAAUGAAGUAUAUGAAGAGAGUAUCUGCAGAGCUUGAAACUGUUGGUGGGGGCGCUGAAGAAGAAGAGCUGAUUGUACAAGGUGUUAGAUUUGCCUUCCGGGUACAUCAGUUUGCUGGAGGUUUUGAUGUGGAAACAAUGAGGGCUUUCCAAGAGCUAAGAGAUAAAGCCAGAUCAUGUCAUGCACAAUCCCAAAGCCAGCAACAGCAGAAAUUAGCAUGCAGCAGGUCUACACCUUGCUAAUAAAUAAUCUGUAGCAAACUCAGCUUCAGAAUUUCUGCCAUUUUUUUUUUUGCUGUACAU